UAUAAGAGCAGCAUCAGACAUUCAGAGCUGAAGUUUGGUGAGGAGUCAUCUGUAGCAAACAAGAUGGCGCUGGUUUUACAGAUGUUAAUGUUACUGCUCUGUGCGAGCAGCUCAGUUUCACAAGAUUUAUUGAAGCCAACGGUAGACGUUAUGGCUGAGCUAGGGAAACUUAAGAGCAUGUAGGAAAAGAUUGAAAACUUAGAAAAGACGCUGAACAAAGUAUUAAGUGAGAAUGAAGCUUUGAAAGCUUCACAAUAUAGGCUCGAAAUGUUACAGAACGGAAAAGAAGAUCAAAAGAUCGCCUUCUCAGCUGGACUUCUGGCAUCUGGAUCAGGACACACUGGGCCUGCUGAUUCUGACAAAACUCUGGCCUAUAAGAAAGUCUUCAGUAACAUUGGAAAUGCCUAUGACCCCGAAACUGGUAUUUUCACAGCGCCACUACGUGGAGUCUAUUACUUCAGAUUCUAUGCUCAUUCACAAGCUGGAAUCAAAAUGGCCGUCAGUCUUUAUAAGAACAAUCAGCUCCAAUGCUCUGUGUUUUCUUGGCAAUCUACCAUAAAUGGCAAUGCAAGCAAUGGUGUUGUUCUUACACUGGAACCUGGUGAUGUAGUUUAUACAAAACUCUGGGGGAACAGUAGGGUUUUUGAUGAUGAAGCAAGCUACACCAGUUUCAGUGGUUUUCUCAUUUUUCCUUUGCAAAUGAAAUAAGAAUCUGAAGGAACUUUUAAUUAUAUUUGUCUUCAAAUAUCAGCAAGAUCAUUUGAAUCGACACCAAAUAAGACUUGAGGCCUUAUUAAAAGCUUCUGUUUUCCA